ACAACAGCAACCAACUUGCGCCAACCAUCAUAAUACAACUUGCGACCUUUCAGCUGGGCAUCUGCAAGUCAGAGAUUACGAGAAACUGAUUCCGGAAGGGGACGAAAGCGAAACGAAGAGCACCACGAUGUCAGAGGAACGCCUUUGGAAGUUUAGAAAGCCGGAAUGGAUGAAUAGCUCCAUGGCCAGGAGCGCAGGAGUUUACGGAGCUGGCGCUUUGGUAGGUUUCCUUCCUUUUUUUAUUCCUUGGUCGAUGGGAAGUUGAAGGUGAUGCUGCGAUGUGUUGCGAUGUCGUGGCCGGUUGGAGGGGAAGGAAAGAGGACGGAGUUUCCCCCGCUACCUGUAUCCUAUCUCAACUCGCUACGGGCUACCUAUUCCCAUCACAUCGCAAGAGCUCUACUAACACCCUCAACCCAGUUCUCCCUCGCGUUCUUCAUCCUCCUCGAUGCCUCAGUCUUCUCGCACUCGCCGCUCAAUGGCUCCGAUCCGCCUAUCCACAUCCGCUUCAUCGACUGGCUGCCUCUGAUCUUCUCGGCGCUGGGAAUGCUGAUCAUCAAUUCGAUUGAGAAGACACGGCUCUCGGCGGAUUCGUUCUCGUACUCGGGCUCUGGCGUGGCGUGGAAGGCGCGGGUGGUUCUCUUCCUCGGCUUUGCGAGUCUGGCGGGUGGUAUGGCGGGGGGUGUCACGGUGUUGGUGUUGAAGUAUAUUGUUGCGGGGGCGGUGUGGCCGACGCUUUAUAUGGGGGUUGCGAAUGUGUUGGCGAAUGGGCUGGUUAUGUUGAGGUGAGUUCUUGGUCGCGAUGGUGGUUGGAGGUUAGGUUGGAAUUGGAAUUGGACUAAUGUGUUUUGUAGCUCGGUUGUGCUUUGGGUUAGUCAGAAUAUGGAGGAUGAGUAUUCUUACAACUUGUCUCUAUGAGGGGAAUAGGACAAGUGGGUAAGGGUUGAGGGGUGUCUUGAUAGGAGGAAAGUGGAUACCUUGCUUUGGGAGGCUUUCGUGGAUGCGCAUCGGAGAUAAGUAUUCGUGCUAGGGAAACGGAGUGGAAGAAUGAUGCUUGGGA